AUGAGGUCAGCAAUCCACAGGCAUUUGUUUUUCAAGAGGAAAUGGGCGGAGCCGACUCUAGUGGGCGUGUUUGGCCUUCAGGGCGGAGUUGGCAUUAGUGGGCAGGGUUGAUCUGUCUCGCGAAAUCGUGCCACUCGUCUUGCCUUGAUACCUCCAAAUGAACGUACUAAUAACCUCGGCCCCCUGAAGAUUGAGAAUGGGCCUAUAGAUCCUUCCCUGGGCAAUUAUGCCUCUAAACCUGAUGAAAGCCCAUCUUCUCCUAUACCACCUGCACCUGCACCUUCAAAUCCACCCGAGCAGCCUACUCCACCAAAGAAAGGCCAAUCAUUCUCUGUAUCUUUUGUCACGACAAUAUCUCCUGCCAAAUCGAAGCUGUGCAAUGUUACUACUCCGUGCACACCACCUCCAGCUCCACCUCCUCCACCUCCUGGCCUUCUGAAGAAA